AUGUCUCAAACUCUCGUCGGUAUCAAUGGCUUUGGCCGCAUUGGCCGCAUUGUCUUCCGCAACGCCGUCGAACAUGGCGAUGUCAAGGUUGUUGCCGUCAAUGACCCAUUCAUUGAUACCCAAUAUGCCGCCUAUAUGCUGAAAUAUGACUCUCAACAUGGGCAAUUCAAGGGAACCAUCGAGGUUUCCGGUAAGGAUCUCAUUGUCAAUGGGCAGAAAAUCACAUUCUAUACCGAGAAGGAUCCCGCAAACAUCCCAUGGAAGGACACCGGAGCCUACUACGUGGUCGAGUCUACUGGUGUCUUUACCACAGUCGAUAAGGCGAAGGCCCAUCUGAAAGGCGGCGCCAAGAAAGUGGUCAUCUCUGCCCCUUCUGCUGAUGCUAGCAUGUUCGUCAUGGGUGUCAACGAGAAAUCGUACAAGAGCGACAUUGAGGUUAUCUCCAACGCCUCUUGCACAACCAACUGCUUGGCGCCCCUUGCCAAGGUCAUCGAUGACAACUUCACCAUUAUUGAGGGCCUCAUGACGACCAUUCACUCGUACACCGCAACCCAGAAGACUGUGGAUGGACCUUCCGCAAAGGACUGGAGAGGUGGCCGCACUGCUGCUCAAAACAUCAUCCCCAGCAGCACUGGCGCCGCCAAGGCUGUUGGCAAGGUCAUCCCCGGCCUCAACGGUAAACUUACCGGCAUGGCGAUGCGUGUGCCCACACCCAAUGUUUCUGUGGUUGAUUUGACCUGCCGCAUUGAGAAGGGGGCCAAGUAUGACCAGAUCAAGGAGGUGAUGAAGAAAGCCUCGGAAGGCGAGUUCAAGGGCAUUAUCUCAUACUCCGAGGAUGACCUCGUCUCAACUGACCUGAAUGGCGACAACAACUCUUGCAUUUUCGAUGCUAAGGCUGGUAUUUCUCUCAACGACAAUUUCAUCAAGCUGGUCGCUUGGUACGACAACGAAUGGGGAUACUCCCGCCGUGUGAUUGACCUUCUUGGUAUGUUUCUUCUAAGACGCAUCAUAGUGUCGGAGAUGGAUAUGACAACAGAGCAACAAAAUGAGGCGGUCCGUGAUAUGAAGUCGGACGAAGACUGCAAUGCGUUUCCCGUGACCUUUGAGGCCAAGAUAGAUAAGGAAUGA